AAGAGGAUAAAGUUUAUGCUGGUUGCUGAAAGCUUUGAAAAAGCUCUCCAAACAAAACACCAACCCCCGACGACGGGGCGCUUCGCGAACGUCAACAACACCGUCUCCGUCUCAAGGUGGUGGCCCUUUUCUGUACACCACCAGCGUGAGCGGGAAGGCAACAUACACACACACACACACGCACACACCCGCGAACGUCUUAUGAUGGCGUUGAGGGAGUGUGUGAUGAAUACUGCCCGUACGGUGGUCUCACUUCGAGUUCGGAUGCUAAGCAGUGCGCAGGUGUGUUUUGCGGUCGUCCAUGCGUACGUUCGUUGCGCGGGUUUUCGCGGGUGCUUUUUGGUCACACGCGCCGUAAUUUUGUGAACGAUUGUUUGAGGGGGGGGUUGGUGAUAUUUAAGGGUGGAAUAGCAACAGCAACGAAAAAAAACAGCAAAUACAGUGGCCGCAACGUCGUGCGUGAAACAAUCAGUCCAAAGUUUGUGAGUGACCGAAGAAUCGAAGAAAGUUGUUGCCGAAAUAAAUAUAAAAAAGGGUGCUCCGGGAGAUCGCCAAAAAAUAAAAAGAAACACAGGGGGUUAGACGAACAACCCCUGGCCGAGUGUUGUGCGGUUUGUGCGGUUUUCCUGCCGGAUGUGUGCCGGAGCGGCCAAAUCUGCCGGGCACGAGCUCUAACGCCUUCCACAAAUCAGGCAAACAGUGCGGCAAGUGUGCGGCAACAUAGCUCAACCCUGCCCUUUUGAGCACGUUCUCGCGCUCAACCGUGCAAUACGGUCGGUGGUUACAGUUGUCAAGCUGGUCAAGUGGUUUCGAAUCUGCUAAGAACGGCAAGGGGAAUAUCCACUUAGGAAGGAAAGAUAGUUUUUUUGUCGUGGUCGUGGUCGUGCUUGUUUUCUUCUCAAAACCCACUUCUACCCAAAGUUGAGAAACAUCCAAAUCCGGGCGUGCGUUGUCGGUGUCGUAUUGAAUGUUGUGUGACAAAUACGUUGUGUUUGUUGUUUGAGUGGCGGGGGCCGGGCCGGGCCCGAGAAGAAAACCUAGUUGUCAAGUGUGAAUAGUUCGUGAUCUUUGCUUGGUCACAAGUGGUACGCGAUCGCGUCAAUUGCAUCACAGCGUGUAACGCGAGCUGCGUAGCGUAUGGUUAAGAAUAGCCGGUGGUGUGAAGGAAAAUAGCAGUGCGAGCUAUAUUGUUUUUUAUCGUGUGUGUGAGUUUUUCUGGGGGUGUGGGUGUGUGUGUUUUUGGUCAACAAGGCGCUGUUGGUGGCUGUUGGUAAACCACCAACUAAAGCAACUCCAAUAAAACAACAGAAAAAUACCCACUUCGGGGGCGAGUUUCUUCUGGCUCUGGGUCAAUUUCCAUUCUUGCGCGCGAAUUCUCGCUAUGAGCCACCGGUGACAGAUCGCGUAAACUGCAGGAGCGGAGCAGCACUAUCGCGACUCCGCCACACGCGAGUAACAGGCCGCACCGGGCAGCGAGGGAAUGUGGACACGAUGAAGGGCUACAACACGAGUUUAGCCGGGUCGGUUCUGCUCGCGGUACUGCUGCUGGUGGCCCUGCUACCAUGCCUCCCUGCGACCAGCCCCGGCUACGAGAUGUACAAGCAGCACCGCCAGCGGCAGCUAAUGGAGCGCCAGAUGCAGCUGCGCCACUACGAGGAGAAAAACCCAUCCGAGUUCGUGAAGGGAAAAAUAUGCAUCGGUACCAAUGGGCGGAUGUCAGUGCCGGCGAAUCGCGAAUAUCACUUCAAAAAUUUGCGCGAUCGCUACACCAACUGUACGUACGUGGAUGGCAAUCUGGAGAUCACCUGGAUACAGAACAUCACCGACCUCAACUUCCUCCAGCACAUCCGCGAGGUGACGGGUUACGUGCUGCUCAGUCAUAUCGAUCUGCCGCAGGUGAUCCUGCCGCGGCUCCAGAUCAUCCGCGGCCGCACGACGUUCAAGCUGAACAAGUGGGAAGAAGCGUACGGACUGUUCGUAUCGUUUUCGCACAUGAACACGCUGGAGUUGCCCGCGCUGCGCGACAUCCUCGGUGGAUCGGUUGGGUUCUUCAACAACUACAACCUGUGCCACAUGCGCUCGAUCAACUGGGAUGAAAUUCUGUCCGCACCGGAUGCCAACAUGCAUUACACGUUCAACUUCUCGUCACCCGAGCGCGAAUGUGCACCCUGCCAUCAGUCGUGUGAGGCGGGCUGCUGGGGCGAGGGAGUUCACAACUGUCAACGGUUUAGCAAGCUCAACUGUUCGCCCCAGUGCUCCCAGGGUAGAUGCUUCGGUCCGAAGCCUCGCGAAUGUUGCCAUCUGUUCUGUGCCGGCGGAUGUACCGGUCCGACCCAGCAAGACUGUCUAGCGUGUAAGAACUUCUACGACGACGGUGUCUGCAAGCAGGAGUGUCCACCGAUGCAGAUAUAUAAUCCAACGAAUUACCUCUGGGAACCGAAUCCCGAUGGCAAAUACGCUUACGGUGCGACCUGUGUGAGAAAGUGUCCGGAGCAUCUGCUUAAAGACAACGGAGCCUGUGUGAGAAAGUGUCCGAAGGGUAAAAUGCCCCACAACAGCGAGUGUGUACCGUGUAAGGGCGUAUGUCCGAAGACCUGUCUGGGCGAGGGUACGGUGCAUUCGGACAACAUUGGCAACUACAAAGACUGUACCAUCAUCGAAGGAUCGCUGGAGAUUCUCGACCAAUCGUUCAAUGGUUUCCAGCACGUGUACGCAAACUUCUCGUUCGGGCCACGCUACAUCAAGAUGGACCCGGAGCGAUUGGAGGUUUUCUCGACUGUGAAGGAGAUUACGGGUUUUAUCAACGUGCAGGCACAUCACGAGAACUUUACCACAUUGAACUAUUUCCGCAACCUGGAGGUGGUCGGUGGACGUCAGCUGAAGGAGAAUCUGUUCGCCUCGGUGUACAUUGUGAAGACAUCACUGAAAUCGCUGGAAAUGAAGUCACUCAAGCGCGUCAAUGCGGGCGCGAUUGUGAUACUGGAAAAUAGUGAUCUGUGUUUCGCGGAGGAAAUUGAUUGGAGCGAAAUCAAGAAGAGUUCCGAGCAUGAGGUGAUGGUUCAGAAGAAUCGUAAUGCUACUGAGUGUCAUGCGGAUGGAAUGCAAUGUUCGGAGCAGUGCUUCAGGACUGGAUGUUGGGGCAAAGGACCGGAACAGUGUUUGGAGUGCAAGAAUGUCAAGUACAAAGAAAGAUGUCUGGAUAGCUGCAAGAGUUUGUCUAGGUUGUACCAAGUGGACUCAAAAACUUGCGGUGAUUGUCAUGCAGAAUGUAAAGACUUCUGCCAUGGUCCAAAUGCGGAUAACUGCGGUUCCUGUGUGAAUGUGAAGGACGGUCGGUUCUGCGUGUCGGAAUGUCCAAUCAUGAAGCAUGCAAUGAACGGCACGUGUAUCAACUGUCACAAAACGUGCGUUGGCUGCCGAGGUCCUCGAGACACGAUCGCUCCUGACGGUUGCAUCUCGUGCGAAAAGGCAAUUAUUGGUAGCGAUGCGACAAUCGAACGGUGCUUGAUGAAGGAUGAAUCUUGUCCAGAUGGGUACUACAGCGAUUCCGUACUGCAGGAGGAAGGCCCACUAAAGCAGCUGUCCGGCAAGGCCGUGUGUCGCAAGUGUCAUCCACGCUGCAAGAAAUGCACCGGGUACGGGUUCCACGAACAGUUCUGCCAGGAAUGUACCGGCUACAAGAAGGGUGAACAGUGUGAAGACGAAUGUCCACAGGAUUACCACGCGAACGAGGAAACGCGCGUCUGUGUGCCCUGCCAUCAGGAAUGUCGCGGCUGCCACGGACUCGGUGCCGAUCACUGCGACGAGUGUCGCAAUCUGAAACUCUUCGAAGGUGACCCGUACGAUAACUCGACCGCGUUUACCUGCGUCUCGAACUGCCCGGCAUCGCAUCCUUACAAACGCUUCCCACAGGAAGCGGGUAAACUUGGCCCGUACUGCUCGGCGGACUCACUGCAGAGUGGGCUACGAAUUGAGCCACAGACGCAGGUUAAGAUUGUGAUGGGCAGUGUGGUGGUGCUGGUGCUUGUAUGCAUAGUGUUCGGAAUAGUAUUCGUCCUGUUUAGCCGUCACAAGAACAAGAAGGAUGCCGUCAAGAUGACGAUGGCGCUGGCUGGAUGUGAAGAUUCGGAACCACUGCGUCCGUCCAACGUUGGUCCAAACCUGACGAAAUUGCGCAUCAUUAAAGAGGCUGAGAUUCGACGCGGAGGUGUACUGGGUAUGGGAGCAUUCGGACGGGUGUUCAAGGGUGUCUGGAUGCCGGAGGGCGAGAGUGUGAAGAUUCCGGUCGCGAUAAAGGUACUGAUGGAGAUGUCCGGUUCGGAGUCGAGCAAGGAGUUCCUGGAGGAAGCCUACAUCAUGGCGUCAGUGGAGCAUCCGAACUUGCUGAAGCUGUUGGCAGUCUGUAUGACCUCACAAAUGAUGCUGAUCACGCAGCUGAUGCCACUCGGUUGUUUGCUGGACUACGUGCGCAACAACAAGGACAAGAUUGGUUCCAAGGCUCUGCUCAACUGGUCCACACAGAUCGCUCGCGGUAUGGCCUAUCUGGAGGAGCGCCGUCUGGUGCAUCGUGAUCUUGCCGCUCGUAACGUACUGGUUCAAACUCCGUCGUGUGUCAAAAUUACCGAUUUCGGUCUGGCGAAGCUGUUGGACUUCGAUUCCGAUGAGUACCGAGCGGCUGGCGGUAAGAUGCCUAUCAAGUGGCUGGCCCUCGAAUGCAUCCGGCAUCGUGUGUUCACGAGCAAGAGCGACGUGUGGGCGUUUGGUGUAACGAUUUGGGAGCUGCUCACGUACGGUGCCCGGCCGUACGAGAAUGUGCCCGCCAAGGACGUCCCGGAGCUGAUCGAAAUUGGACACAAACUGCCGCAGCCCGACAUUUGCUCGCUGGACGUGUACUGUAUUCUGCUUUCCUGCUGGGUGCUUGAUGCUGAUGCGAGACCCACGUUCAAGCAGCUGGCCGAAACGUUCGCCGAUAAGGCACGCGAUCCGGGCCGGUAUCUCAUGAUCCCGGGUGAUAAGUUUAUGCGACUGCCCUCGUACACCAACCAGGACGAGAAGGAUCUGAUACGUACGCUGGCGCCGGUCGCGAUGGCUGCGGCUGCGGCCGCUGCCUCAACCGUCGAUGUGCCCAGCACGAUUGCGGAGACGGACGAGUACCUGCAGCCGAAAACGAGACCCUCGAUCAUGUUACCGGGACCGUCGGCGGUUGAUCCGUCCGAUGAGGUACCAAAGUCACUGCGUUACUGCAAGGAUCCGCUCAAGCCGGACGACGAAACGGACGGCAACGGUAAGGAGGUCGGUGUCGGUGGCAUCCGACUGAACCUGCCGCUGGACGAAGAUGAUUACCUGAUGCCAACUUGCCAAAGCCAAAACCAGUCCACGCCGGGCUACAUGGAUCUGAUCGGUGUGCCGGCGAGCGUUGACAACCCGGAGUACUUGAUGGGUUCGACGCCAGCCAUUGCUGGAAUUGCCCACGGUUCCAUGGGACCCCAUACGCCACCACCAAACUCUCCGCACGGGUUGCCAAUACAAACCACCACCCAACACUCCCAGAUUCAACCGCAACCCAUACAGCAACCGCUGCAGGUACUUCAACAUCAGUACCAACAGCAGCUGCAGCAACAGCAGCAGCAGCAACAACAGCAGCAACAGUUGCAGCACCACCAUCAACAGCAACUGUCCCAAUCGUCGCACCACUCUUCCUCCUCCAACGGGCCCAACCCGUCCGUCAGCCAUACACCUUCCCUCAGUAACGCUAGCAGCAGUGUCGGCCUGAAACCGUCCGACUCCAUCAUCCAGAUGCAAACGGCGGGUGCGGGUCUGCACCAGCAGCAAUCAUUACCACCGACGCAAACGAUCGGCAUUCCACUGUCACCGACGGAAACGGAAGCGACCUCCUCCGAGCACGAAUACUACAACGAUCUGCAACGCGAGCUGAUUCCGUUGCAUCGCAACGAAACGACUGUUUAAUUCUGGCCUGCCAGAAUGCAACGCUAACUUGCCACAGGACUGAAGAAUGCCUCCAAUGCCGUUUUAGCCCGUACAACGAAGUCCGCGAAAGUCUGCCGGAGGCGAGUUGGUGGAUUGUUUUAUGUGUAAAGUUUUAUAGGUUUUUUUUUAAAUAGGUGUUUAGCCGUAGAAACUAGCGACCGCAUGUGCCUUUAGGGUGGGAGAAGUGGAAAUCGUAUCCAAACGUGUAUCAGAUCUGAGCUGAUACGCGUUGCAUUUAGGGAACGUUCUAGGCGGGAUGUACAUAAAGAGAUACUGACAAAUAUCAUAUAGCUAUUACGGUGUAUAAGCAUAACAGUAAGCAACGAGUUAGGUAAAUACUGCGUAAGACGGUACUUAAGCCCAUCAGGCAGAAAGGCAAGAGAUACACGUACAUAGUUAGACAUAUAAAACCGAUACGAACGUAGUACAAUACGAGUGCAGCAAUCGCUGAGUGUGGUCCAAAACGUACGAAGUGAAGGAGUGGAACAAUAGUGCUUACAACACAACACAACACCAAUCCGUCAAACCGUUUGCUGCCAUGUGAAUCACAAACAAACUCUCGGACAUCUGGAAAUGCGAGAUGCGGCAACGUAAGCCGCAAGGGAAGCGAUAUAGACAAAACGAUCAUAUGCCGUGCUCGAUGAUGCCCCCGAUGAAGAGAUGAUUUUAUUUCAUUGGAAUACCUGUGAUACUACUUUUAAAUUUUGUACUUUUACAAACUUCGUUUUUUUUUUAAUCGUAUAAGCUCUCGUGAGCUCUCGAUCGAUGGUGUUGGUCGGGUAGGAUGAGAGCAAAGAGACAUUCGUCGGUGUGUACGGGCACUUGAUCAGCAGUUGAACUACAAAAACCAAUCACUAGUAACUAUUGAAAUGCAAUGAAUAGAUUUCCUUUUAGCGCAAAGUGGACCAAAAUUCUGCAAUGUUUUACAAAAUGGGAUGGGGAAGAGUUAGACCGGGAAGCGCUAACAUUUAACAAUACUUAUCUGCCACUAGCGGGUCCCAACCGUUUGUCCCACCCCACGUGCUUGCCUGCAUGCGAAUGCUACUUAAAACAGGGUGAUGAUGGACAGGGAUGGCUUCUGCUGAAGAGCCCAUCCAUCCAUCAUCGCCGUACGUUCCGCUUAGUGUACUUUUUUACGUUUUACUUCGAGGCAUAAGUAGUCCUCCCUCACUGUGUAACUCCUCUUUUGCCAGCUGUAGCAAUAGCAAGAAACGGAGCAAAGCAAGAAAAACAUAUGGCUGCGUACUAUUAGUGUUAUUACCUUGAGGUAGUUUCGAUUGUAUUUAGGGGCAAAGAGUAUCUUCGAUUGUACAUAUAUAAAAGCGCAUCCAAUUCGUAUUGGGCGCAACUGGGAAUCGAUCGAAUAAACAGUUCUUAAUGUUGCGUAUCCUUUUGGGAAACAAAACAAUGUACAUAGAGCUCUAGAAUCAGUGACUAGCAUGGGGUGUUUGUUAGGUUGAUCGAAUAUGGAAUAGAGCUCAGUUUUAGACCGAUGCUCGUAUAAGUGAAGGGGUUUUAAUUGUAAAGUGUAAAACAAAAACAUGUCGAAUGCCAGGCACGCUUCAACAAUUCCACCACACAAACAAACAGAAGGCUGAAUAGCGUGGCUGUGCCCAGCGAGAUGUUGCCUCCAUCGCAGAGACUGAGGCAGACGAACAACGAAAGCAAUAGAUCGAGAAAGAGAGUCAAAAACACAACGAAAGCAAUAACUUAACGUCCAUUCCUAGGCAGUUUUUGGCAACUUUUGCGAACUCCACUCCAUAGAAACGUAAACAACGAUAGACACGUAUACUAUUACGAAAUCGUGCCAUUGUGAAGUCUUCGUUUGCACGUUUGCUGGAUAUUAGUGAUAUAAGAAGCUGCUCAGUCCACUGCUAUCGCGGGUGUAGUACACGCAACGGUUGGGCAACAGUUAAGGACACAGCCGCGUUAUGCAACCUUCCAUUCUAGAUGUGGUUUUGUUAAGCGAAAUGUAUCGAGGGAUCCUUACUUGUUGACAGUUUUAAAUUAUACGUAUUUUAAA